UUAUUCUUAAUCUGUGUAAUUACCGGUAAACUUCAGGAAACAGAUUCGUUUAUAUUGCAUCAGAAUACAAAAUAUUCAAUAUAAUAAUACACAUACGUUUUCAUGCCGGAUAUGUUAACAAGGCGCUGAGCGAACAAAGGUGUUGAAUAUCAACUCGUUAGGCGUGUAAAGGUAUUGAGAAACCAGCCUCCCAGCCAUGGGGACUUGUGAUAAAAUCAACGCGAUCAUCAGAAACAACCUCAGCCUGAUCCUCACCCUGUUGGGUGUGGCUCUAGGGCUGGGGGUGGGGUUUGCAAUCAGACCCGCCCACCCCUCGGAGUCAGUGCUAAUGUGGCUUGGACUGCCCGGUCAGUUGUACCUGAGACUGCUGAAGAUGAUGAUAGUACCACUGGUGGUAUGCAGCGUCAUCAGUGGCACGUCAUCCUUGGACCCUAAGGCCAACGGCAAGAUCAGCAUGGUUUCCUUUGUGUUCAUAUUCUCCACCAACACAAUAGGGGCGAUAUUAGGGGUGCUGGCAUUCAUCGCGUUUAAGCCAGGUAAUUCAAACCAGAAGCUGGUCGCUAAAUCUAGCCUUUUAUCUCGUUCGGUUGAGACCCAGGAUAUAUUUGCAGAUCUACUCAGGAACCUAGUACCGGACAAUCUAUUCGAAGCCUCAUUCCAGCAGACGGUAACGACUUACGUUCCUAUUACGACACUUAACGCCACGUCCAACGAGACUAUCACGUCGUUCAAGAGAUCGUCAGGCUUUAACCGGGGACCGAAUCUUAUAGGUCUCAUAUUCGCGUGCACACUAUUGGGUAUCGCCGCCGCCUCGCUGCGGGACAAGGGCAAACCAGUCAUCGACUUCUUCGAGUCCAGCACACAGAUACUGAUAGCUGUCCUGCGCUGGUUUCUAUGGACGACGCCACUCGGGGUGCUUAGCCUCAUUCUGGUGGCGGUCGCCAAUAUCAAAGACAUCGGGGUUAUAUUCGGUGAUCUCGGCAUGCACGUGCUAGCGGUCACGGUGGCGCUGUUGCUGCAGCAGCUGGUUAUAAUGCCCAUUCUGUACCUGGCGCUGACGAAGCGGAACCCCUAUAAGCACCUGGCAGCGAUAUCGCGUGCUCUGCUGACGUCAUUCGCGGCCACCAGCACCGCCGUUGUGUUACCGGAAAUGCUCCACGCCUGCGAAGUUAAGCUCGGAGCGGACCGACGGAUUGCGCGCUUCGUGAUUCCGUUCAGCAUCGCUCUUAGCGCCAACGGAAGUGCCGUGUUCAUUGCCUGCUCCUGCCUCUUCAUCUCCAACUUUACGGGCACAUACCCGUCGGCUGACAUUAUAGCCACUGUAGGCGUUCUCUCCGCGCUUGCCGCCCUUGCAAUACCCUCCGUGCCGAGUGCGUCCAUCGUUACGAUCCUUUCACCUAACUCACUGGUUUCUGACCUUUCAGCGUGUUGUAUGCGCUUGCCGCCCUUGAAAUCGUUACGAUCAUUUCAACUAACUCACUAGUUUCUGACCUUUAAGCGUUCUGUCCGCGCUUGCCUCCCUUGCGAUCACCACCGUACUGAGUGCGUCCAUCGUGACGAUCCUUUCAGCUAACUCACUGGUUUCUGACCUUUCAGCAUUCUCUCCGCGCUUGCCGCUCUUGCCAUCCCCUCCGUGCCGAGUGCGUCCAUCGUUACGAUCCUUUCAGCUAACUCACUGGUUUCUGACCUUUAAGCGUUCUCUCCGUGCUUGCCGCCCUUGCAAUCCCCUCCGUGCCGGGUGCGUCGAUGGUUACGAUCCUUUCAGCUAACUCACCGGUUUCUGACCUUUCAGCGUUCUCUCCGCUUUUGCCGCCGUUGCAAGCACCUCUUAGCCAAGUGCGUCCAUCGUUACGAUCCUUUCAGCUAACUCACUGGUUACUGGUCUUUUAGCGUUCUCUCCGCGCUUGCCGCCCUUGCAAUCCCAUCCGUGCCGAGUGCGUCCAUCGUUACGAUCCUUUCAGCUAACUCACAGGUUUCUGACCUUUCUGCGUGCUCUCCGCGCUUGCCGCCCUUGCAAUCCCAUCCGUGCCG